CAAGAAAAAAAUGAGCCAACAACAACUUCAAAGGCCUGAAACAGAGCAGCCCCUAAAAUACGGCGACUUUUUUAAUGUAAAAGGUGAGUUAGCUGAUCAACCAAUUGCACCGCAAGAUGCAGCCAUGAUGCAAAGUGUUGAAGCCAUGGUAUUUGGGAAAAACCAAAAGGGUGGUCCUGCCUCUGUAAUGCAGGCUGCUGCUGCCAAAAACGAAAGAAGUGGGCAUGUUAGUCAUGAAGAUACCACUCAACUUGUUGGUGAUGAAGGUGUUACUGUUGCUGAAACCAAACUCCCCGGUAGACGUAUAAUUACCGAAUCAGUUGCCGGACAGGUAUUGGGGCGAUAUGUUGAGCCUCUUCCAGUAACAGCAGCAGCAGCAACAGAGGGAGAUGUGGAGGAAGCGCCUAUAACAAUAGGAGAAGCUUUGGCAGCAACAGCCCUUACAGCAGGGGAGAAACCGGUGGAACAGAGCGAUGCAGCCGCAAUACAAGCGGCUGAAGCUAGAGCCACCGGUUCUAGUGUUGUAACCCCUGGAGGAUUAGCUGCCACAGCUCAAUCAGCAGCAUCGGCUAAUGAAGGAUUGGCUCAAGAUGUUGAUAAAAUCAAAUUAAACGAUGUCUUAACUGGUGCGGCUGCAAAAUUACCGGCAGAUAAGGCAGCGACAAGGCAAGAUGCACAAGGGGUGAUGGAGGCGGAGUUACGGAAUAAUCAAAGCCUGACAGCUUAUCCUGGCGGAGUAGCUGCAUCUGUGGCUGCAGCUGCAAGACUAAAUGAAAGAAGUUCAUAAUUAAGCUUGGCUCACAAUGUGUAUAAUAUU